ACUGAAAAAUAUUUGGAAAGACUAUGGGGACCUAAAUCAGUAAAUGCUUUUGUUGUUAACUCAAAUUCUAGUUCAGAUUUGCGGCAUUGAAUAAGUUUAACACGGAUAUGUUCUUGUGCAACUCGAUGUAUCAGACUUUACUUAGUUAAGAAGAGCAAUGUCGCUGUUCAAAGCUCGAGACUGGUGGUCCACCACUGUCGGAGAAGAAGAGGAGUUUGAUCUGGGAUGUCUAUGUGUAGCCAAUAUUGACAAUGCUAGUGAUGAGCUAGACAAAAUUAUUAUUGGAAGCUACCAUGGCAUAUUAAGAAUCUUCAAUCCAAAGCCCACAAAGGCAGAUGAUGGAGUUUGGUCUGGUUAUAAACCAGAGGAUGUUUUGUUGGAGGCGUCUCUACCAGAACCCAUACUCCAGCUGGAGGCAGGAAAAUUUGUAUCAGGGACAGAGAAUUUACAUUUAGCAGUCCUGCAUCCAAGAAAAUUAGCAGUUUAUAAAGUUGCAGUGACAUCCGGUGCUGUGGAACACGGCAGACACUUUCAGUUGAACCUUGCAUUUGAGCAUAAUCUUAAAAGAACAACAUUCAACUUUUGUUAUGGUCCAUUUGGUGGUGUAAAAGGAAGAGACUUUAUCUGUGUGCAGUCAAUGGAUGGAACAGUCUCUAUUUUUGAGCAGGAGAGUUUCUCCUUUAGUCGGUUUUUACCAGGUGCUCUUUUACCAGGCCCAAUAAAAUACAUGCCAAAGUCAGAUAGCUUUGUAACUGUCUCCUCCACAUGGCAGCUAGAGUGCUACAAGUACCAAGUACUAGCUGUAGCUACUGAUGCCAAAACAAAGGAAGAAUCUCAGAACAUUAAAUCUGGAAAAAGGGUCACAUGGGAUUGGUUCUACAAUCUUGGAGAGCAGGCCUUAGAUUUGGUGGUUGUAAACUAUGAAAAUUGUCCUCCCUCCAUUAUGGUCUUAGGAGAAAGAAAUAUAUUUUGCUUAACGGAAAUGGGAAAGUUAAGGUGGAUGAAGAAAUUAGAGUAUGAACCUAGCUGCUUUUUGCCAUAUUGUUCAGUUGUAGAAAAUACUGUGAACUGUUUGGUGGCCACUCACACCACAAAUUCUCUCAUGGUUUACCAAGACUUUACGCUGAAGUGGGCAGCCAAAUUAGAUUUUACACCAGUCCAAGUUAGACUGGGCACAUUUCAAGAUCUGAAGGGUGUUAUAGUGACUUUGUCUGACAAAGGUCGUCUGGAGUGUUCCUACCUUGGUACAGAUCCAGCUCUUUUUAUACCUCCUGUUCCAGAAUCCAGGGAGUUAAAUUAUGCUGAAAUGGAUCGAGAAAUGGCACAGCUUCAGAAGAGAAUCAAGCAGUCCUCACAUAAAGCAGUUCUGAUGCCCAAUCUGAAGAAGCAGGAAGAUGACUUGCAGCUGAUAGCCCAAGUAAAUCCUAACCUGGAUGAUGUUUCAAUGGCUACAGAGGUUGAAUUUGAUGACCCUGACCCUGUGCCAUCCAUCACUGUCCGAGUUCAGGUUAAGGCCAGGUUGACCAUUGAACAUAUCAAAAUGCAUGUCCAUGCCAGUUGGCCACUCAAAGCUAAUGUCACCUCAUUUGAGAUUUCUUCUGUUGAUCCCAGUAAUCCGUCUGAAUUUUUUGUGGCAUUCUUCAUGGUUGGGAAGGCACUGCCUGCUGAUAUGUCUAUUUCCGUGUCGGCUAAUUACAUGAGUGCAUCAGGUGCUCCAAGAGUUGCCACAGCAAGGGCAAAACUCCCUAUAAAGCUUGUGAUAAAACCCAUCCCACCAGUGAAGAAUGCUGAGUAUAAACUAACAUUGGACAGUAACAAGCCACCAGCUAACUUAAAUGAAGUCUUUCCAGAUCUACUUGGUGAGAAUGCAGGGGGACCAGGUGCUGCAUUGGGAUUUCAGUAUUAUGGAAAUGGUCCUAUUGUGUCUGUUCUGGCAUCCAAGACUUCUCAGAGAUACCGACUUCAGUGUGACAGAUUUGAAGCCAUGUGGUUAAUGGUGAAGGAACUGGCAGGGAGACUGAAUAGCCACUUCAAUCGAAGUAAAAAUGAUAAUUUUACACUGUAUUUCACUGGACAGCUACCAUUACAAGAGUACUUUGAUUUGAUUGAUGCUCACUUUGAGCAUCGACUGAAUGCAGAGCGAUGUAAAGACAUGCUAAACCAGCGAGCCUCACAGUUCCGUGCAAUACAGAGACGACUGUUGACACGAUUCAAAGACAAAACUCCUGCUCCGUUGUCUAAUUUAGAUACACUCUUAGAGGGCACAUAUAGACAGAUCUUACAUUUAGCUGAAACGAUAGAAGAGAAUAACCGGUCACAGGAAGUGGCAGCCCUGAAUCUAUCAAGUGGAACCUUUCUCUUUAAUUACCUGGUCAAGUUGUGGACAACUAUGUCAGAUGAAGAAUACAAAGUUCUACAGAACUGUAUCUCACCUGUGGUCUCCAGCUCCACAGAACAGGGCUGGCAGGAGUCUGUGGAUGCAGCAGUGACACACCUACUGAGGACCACCUUAGCCAAGUCCUCAAAGGACCAGACUCUCAACCCUCAACCUCUACAAAUACCAGAGGACACAACCAAAGUCAAGAAACACAUUGCCCUGAUGUGUGAUAAACUGGGCAAAGGAGCCAGACUACUAGAGGGACUACCUCAGAACUCUAUGGUAAACAUGAGUCCUUCACCAAGAAAGGAGAAGAAAGCCAAAGUUUCUGCUACAAGUAAAACUGUGAUGGAGAAUGGACAUAUAGACAAUAGUGAUGACACAGAGACUCUUAUAGGAAGUCAGUUUGGACAACAUAAGAGCAAACGUAACAAAGAGCCAGAUUAUGGAUCAGAUUUAAAUGGACUUUCUGAUUUAUCAAUGCUGGGAUUACCAGCAGAAAAUGUGACUUUAGAAAAUGAAAUGUCAGAAAAGAGGAAGAAAAAGCACAUAGAGGCGAUGGUACCAGAUUUAGAUGAUAUGGAGGAUGAACCAGUGAUGCUGGAGAAUUAAGUAUCACUCCUUGUUAUACGUAAAUUUGUGAUACCCUGAACCAUUGUGAAAUCUCCAGUAUUGAUCUGAAUGAAACAUUCCGUCCAUCAAGGAAGCAGCAGUCCUGUUUCUUUGGCUGUUAUAAACUUUUCCACACCUGUGAUAUCUACAUCCAGUCAGGUGAACUGUGUACUUAAUUCUUUUACACCUGUGAUAUCUACGUCAGGUGAUGUACUUACUUUUUCCACACCUUGAUUUUGUGAUAAGCUGAAGUGUUACAGACGAAAGGUGUACUCAUACAUCAGGUUGUGGUAAAUAAUUUUCAUAUGCUAGAGAGGGACAUCUCUAUCAUUUAUUUAUAACUUAUUGUCUACCUGUACCUGGGAUUAGUAAAUAUAUUCUUGCUGAUCUCAAACUUGUAAAAUUAUCUUUAUCUAUUCUUUGUCCAGACAUGUUAUUUAUUGAUACAUAUUACUCGAAUGUGUGCAAAUUCAUCUUUGUGAUGUUUUGAAAAUUCAUAAACUACAUGUGUAAUGUAUUUACUAAAUUUACGAAUCAUUGAAAUGUAGCAAAUGCUGAUUAGAGUUUUUUUGUUUUAUGUUUUCCCCUUUAUUUUUUUUUUGGUCUUCUUCCUUGUUUGAAUAAAUAUAUUAAGUGCUACAUUUCUCUAAAGUUUACUUGCUUAUUUCAAUCAUCUGAAAUUUCAUUUGUAAUUUUAUAUUUGAUUUGGACUUUUACUAUUUCUUAUAUGUGUAUUUACACCAUUUUUAAUCAUAGAGCUGUCCUCAUACCUAAGGAUAUAAAUUAGCACCAGAACAUUUUAUAUUUUGUUUCAGUCAGCUUUUUUAAUAUGUAAUUUCUCAUGAAUCAAAUUGAAAAUGUAUUUGUGUUUUACCAGUUUAUGAAGUGGAGAGCAAACAAACUUUGUCACUGUUGUUUAGUUUGUGCACUGUCAGUGUGUAGUGUAAAAUCUGUCCACCCUGUUUCUAUAAUUGUGAUGAUUUCUCUAUUUUCAGUGCUCUUUUGUGUUCAGUUGACAAUUUCAGUAACAAGAUGUAUAUUAAGGUAACUGAAACAAAUUACCUUUCAGGUUACAUGUACUUUCUUUUGUGAUUUUAUCGUAAACUCAACAGUUUUUAUCACAAAAUAACUGUCCCAAGAAGUCAUGAUUUACGGGUACAUAUAUGUACCCCUUCAUAAUGAAAAAUUGGUCUAUAAAAGACAGUUUAUAAACAGUAUUGCUAGUUGGGGAGAGGGGGGGUCUAAUGAGCAAAAACAGAAAGAUUAUAAGGUACAGGAUUUUGUAUACCUUAUUGUGGUGUAUGCUGUUUUAUGUAAGAAGAAAAAAGUGUAAAUAAUAGUGCUUGCUAUAGAAGACAAAAGAGGUUUGCCUGAGGUAUAAAAUGACUAGACAUUGUAAUUUGUGAUAUAACAUUAGACAACAUUUCUGAAAGAUAUUUCAUAAAGAUAUAAAUUGCUAAAUAAUUUUUGAAUAAGAAAAUAACCUAAAACUUAAGUUCUCAAUUGUUUCAAUUGUAAAAGUUGUGAGAAAUGUGGCAGCCAAAAUGUACUGUCAGAAAGGAUUGGUUUCAGAUUUGGAUUAUAAUAAUACUUCUUACAAAUGUGAAGUAAUAGACUGGGAUAUGAAAAUUCUUAUUGACUUUAUUUACAAUGUUCUAUGAUGAUUUGUGGAUGCAUUGUUUGUUUUUAUUUCAUGGUUAUUACCUGAAAGAACACUGCAGAAAUAAAUUCUUACCAAAUAUGAA